GAGGAGAUGUAACGAGACCUGGGUGUCAUGGUACACCAGUCAUUGAAAGUAGGCAUGCAGGUGCAGCAGGCAGUGAAGAAAGCAAAUGGUAUGUUAGCAUUCAUAGCAAAAGGAUUUGAGUAUAGGAGCAGGGAGGUUCUACUGCAGUUGUACAGGGUAUUGGUGAGACCACACCUGGGGUAUUGUGUACAGUUUUGUUCUCCAAAUCUGAGGAAAGACAUUCUUGCCAUAGAGGGAGUACAGAGAAAGUUCACCAGACUGAUUCCUAUGAUGUCAGGACUUUCAUAUGAAGAAAGACCGGAUAGACUCGGCUUGUACUCGCUAGAAUUUAGAAGAUUGAGGGGGGAAUCUUAUAGAAACUUACAAAAUUCUUAAGGGGUUGGACAGGCUAGAUGCAGGAAGAUUGUUCGCGAUGUUGGGGAAGUCCAGGACAAGGGGUCACAGUUUAAGGAUAAAGGGGAAAUCCUUUAGGACCAAGAUGAGAAAAACAUUUUUCACAGAGAGUGGUGAAUCUCUGGAACUCUCUGCCACAGAAGGUAGUUGAGGCCAGUUCAUUGGCUAUAUUUAAGAAGGGGGUUAGAUGUGACCCUUGUGGCUAAAGGGAUCCUUUAGGUAUGGAGAGAAAGCAGGUACGGGAUACUGAGUUGGAUGAUCAGCCAUGAUCAUAUUGAAUGGCGGUGCAGGCUCGAAGGGCCGAAUGGCCUACUCCUGCACCUGUUUUCUAUGUUCAAAGCUAACAGAUCAAUGUGAACUGAUCCGGGAGUGGUAACGGAUCAAAGUUUCUGAGCGCGCCAUGGGGAGGGAAGGCGGAGAUAAAACGGACCAAUACAUUUCUACGGUGGCAGUGGAGACUGGUGUCACGUCGCAAAUAGUUUAACGACUAAUCGUUCGUCUAUCGGACAUAUUAGGGUUACUUCUGAACACUAGGAAGGGGAUUUGACUUUGGAGCCGAGGUGGAUUUUCACUGCGGGUGUCAUUCGCAGUUCCUCAUUUGUACACAAAACAUGUCCACGGCUGAUAAUCAUUAUUUUCAGUACAAAGGCUGUAACUUUGUUUCAGCUAUCUACAAAAAAGAACAUUUAGAACAACUGGAACAUUUUGAAAUAAAGGAUUCGGAUGUCUUCAUUGUGACAUAUCCUAAAUCUGGUACCAUAUGGAUGCAGCAAAUAUUGAGUUUAAUUUACGCUGAUGGUGAUCUGGAUGAUGUUCAGAGUAAACCAACAAUACAACGUGCUCCUUGGAUUGAGGUGCCAAACUCAAAUUUCCCAGAACGCCCAUCACCUCGAUUGAAUGUCACACAUUUGCCCUACCAUCUCGUUCCUAAAGCUUUGAAGGCAAAGAAGGGAAAAGUUAUUUAUGUUGCACGGAAUCCUAAGGAUGUACUUGUCUCUUCUUAUUAUUUCCAUAAACAUUUUGCCCUGUAUGAAUCACCAAAAAACUUUCCCGACUUCUUUGAAAAAUUCAUUGAUGGCAGAGUGGAAUUCAGCUGCUGGUUUGACCAUAUCAGGGACUGGUGCACUCAUAAGGAUGAAUUCAACUUCUUGUUCCUAACCUAUGAGGAGAUGCAAAAGGAUCUCAGAGCAACAAUACAAAAAAUUUGCAACUUUGUUGGAAGACAGUUGGAUGACGAAAAACUUGACAGCGUGAUAAAACACAGCUCGUUCGAUACUAUGAAAAAGGAUCCAAUGGCUAACUAUGAAGGAAUUCCUAAAAAAUCCCCAGGGGGAUCGUUUCUUCGUAAAGGGACAGUUGGUGACUGGAAAAAUAAUUUCACAGUUGCUCAAUCUGAGAGGUUUGACAAAAUUUACCAAGAAAGAAUGAAGGACCUGCCAUUGGAGUUCACCUGGGAUAAAGAAUAAGUAAAGGCAAUAAGUUGUAGACUGAUAAGAUAAUGCAAUAAGAGAAAAUAUUUUCGGCCAUACUUAUGAAUAUCUUUUAAACAGAUUUAUGUACCUUUAAAAGGGCUAUGGUGAAUUUUUAUUCAUGUUAGACCAGUGAAUAUCAUUCCCUGGAUGAAAGUUCAUGUACGAGUGUGCAUCGGCUGUUGUACUUUUACCCAUUAAAAAAUAUCUGAUCCUGUGGAUUAGGGAAAAAUUGGGAUAUCGUUUCUCCCAAUAUUUGUGUCCUGCACUUGAAAACAAUGAGGCAGAAACCUACCAUAUUCAAAUCUGACAAAAUCAAAUAUCUAAUUGUGCUAAAACCUUAUAUAUUGUCCAAUUUCAUGUUCGGAAAGGAAUGAAACAUACACAAUGUCACUGAUUCUUUGGUUUAACAUCAUAAUCUGGCUGCGUUUAGUUUCAGGUAGUUUUUUUCCCCAUGAAAGGUUGUAUAAAUGUUUAGAUGUAAGAUUCAAAUAAGAUUCACAAAAGACACAUUGUGAAAUUACAUUACAUUCACAACCUAGAAACAGCUUGACUAUUGAUGGUGCUUGUAUAAUAUGAUGUUCCAGAGUCCUUUACCUUUUCUUCAUUCCCACAUCAUAUUCAACAUAUCCUUUUAUUCAUUUUUAUUUCUUGUGUUUGCUACUCAUUAAAUAUUAUUGAUAUUUGCCUCAAAUACUUCAUGCCAUAAUUAGCUCUACAUUUAGUAUUCACCCAUCAUCAGUUUCCUCACUAGAUUCCUGCAGAAUAGUAACUAUUAUUUUGUCAGUGUCUGUAUAUAUUAUUUUACUAACUUUGUAUUGUAUGUUUAGUUUUGAGAUACAGCGCGGAAAAAGGCCCAUUGAGCCACCAAGUCCGUGCUGACCAGCGAUCCCCGCACAUUAACACGAUCCUACACACACUAGGGACAAUUUACACUUUAACCAAGCCAAUUAACCCACAGACGGUAUGUCUUUGGAAUGUGGGAGGAAACCAAAGAUCUCAGAGAAAACCCAUGCGCUCACGAGGAGAUAGUACAAACUCCAUACGGACAACACACGUAGUCGGGAUCGAACCCGUGCUGCCCUAUGUCCUGCAGCUGCAGCAUGGAAAUAGAUAAUAAUUCCCUAAUAGAGUAAUGGAGUGAUAGAGUGCGGAAACAAGUCAUUAGGCCCAACUUGCCCACACCAGCAAACUGUUUCUUUAACGUUGGGAUAGUUCCAGCCUCAACUACCUCCUCUGGCAGCUUGUUUCAUACACCCACCACCCUUUGCGUGAAAAGGUUACCCCUCAGAUUCCUAUUAAAUAUUUUUUCCUUCACCUUAAACCUACGUCCUCUGGUUCUCGUCUAGAUCACCCCUCAUCCUCCUGCGUUCCAAGGAAUAGAGUCCCAGCCUAAGCCUCUCCCUAUAGCUCAGACCCUCUAGCCCUGGCAACAUCCUCAUAAAUCUUCUCUGUAUCCCUUCCAGCUUGACAACAUCUUUCCUAAAACCAUGGUGCCCAGAACUGAACACAAUACUCUAAAUGUGGUCUCACCAAUGUCUUAUACAACUGCAACAUGACCUCCCAACUUCUAUACUCAAUACUCUGACUGAUGAAGGCAAAUGUGCCAAAUAAGCCUUUUUGACCACCUUAUCUACCUGCGACUCAACCUUCAACCUCAUCUGCACUCCUAGAUCCCUCUGCACUGCAACACUCCCCAGAGCCCUACCAUUCACUGUGUAGGUCUGCCCAUGUUAGACUUCCCAAAAUGCAACACAUCACAUUUUGCUGUAUUAAAUUCCAAUAACCAUUCUUCAGCCACCUGGCCAAUCAAUCAAGAUCCUGCUGCAAUCAUUAUUAAUGAAACAACAUUGAUCUCAAGUACUUCAAAGUAUGUUCUUGAGCUUCUAAAGUAUGGCUGUGGCUAUAUUGAUUGUUCAGUUAAGUAUUCUGUUGCACUCAACUUUAUUCCCUGAGCUUAAUUGUGGACUUUUUGGGGGAAGAGAGAGGGGUAAAGUUCAGUGGUUCUUUAUUGUCACCUAUGUACAGCACGGUGAAAUUCUUUUACACAGCCAGCACAGCAAAUGCACAGUCGCCACAAUUUUAGCGCAAUUAAAAAAAAACCCACAUAAAACACAACCAGUCCAAAGUCCAGCCUGGGAAGUCCUGGAAUGUCCCGAUCCAGCGAGCCUUUAGUCAGAGAGCUUUUAUUAUCUAGUUUUCCUGUACAGGCAUGGUAUUGGUGUAAUUAAUACAUCGAUUUUUCUGACAAUGAAAUCCAUAAAUCCUGAUAAAUAGGGAUCCUGAUAAAUGGGGAUCCUGACUGAGCAGUGAAGAAAUGGUUAAGAUCCUGCAGAUUAGAUGCAAACAUUUAACUGACAUUUUAUUGGCGCAAUUGUUACCUAUACAGAUCAAUUGGAGCUUGUCUGUCGCCUUGGUUCUGUUGUAGGCGGGGCUAGGCUGUUUAAUCCAGGAAUAGACGUUUUUUCAAUUCAAUUCAAUUCAACUUUAAUGUCAUCGCACAAAUACAAGUAUGAGUACAACGAAAUGCAGUUUUGCGUCAGUCCGUAGUAGUUGUGCAUAAAGAAGUAAUACAAAAAAUAAAAAAAUAGAAAGAGAGAAGAUACAGAAUAAUCAAAAUAUACAGAAUAAUUAAACAAUGGGGACGGGGGGACCGGAGAAAUCUAUCGGCGGGACUCCGAGUUCAGCAAUGUGAUGGUAUUAUUGUAGAAGCUGUUCCUCAUCCAUCGUAAAUGCAUUAUUAGAAAGUUAAUCUCAACCUUGUGAUAUAAUCUAUUAAAUUGAUGAAACAGCUGAGUACCUUUUAUGAGUGCACUUCCUGAAAAACUAAAUUUUCCCGAAGCAAACCGUUUCCUAAAACACUGUUUAUAAGGUUGCAUUUUUACAUUUGGGAAGAGUAUAUUUUGUUUUAUGCUAGAGAGAAAAUAAAUGAGACCGAUAAUGUGAUUAAGUGUAAAUGAUGUGUUUGGUAUUACAGUGUAUGUUAAUAAACACGAUUCUGAUAUUUCAUGUAAAUAAUUGUCUUCUCUAUUUUGAGGGAAAAAAGCCUAUUUGGUGUUUUUUGUGUGUGGUUGAUGGUUAUUUUAAAAUUUCGUUUACUAUGAUACAACAGAAAUGCAUUCUUUCAAGCAUGUUUAAGCUAAAUUAUAUUCUAAUGUGUAAUUUUGUCAUUGUAAUUAAUUAAAAUUAGAUAAUGCCUUGGAUAUGCUGAUGCUAGGAAAUAAAUCUGAUUAAUC